AUGAGGUUCAUACUUUUAGUUUUUGUAAUAAUUUCUGGUUCUCAGCAAUCAAAAUUAAAAUCGAGAAAUUCACUUCGUCCAUUUAUUCAUGGAGGUCAAACCAUCUCCAUCGAUCAAGCACCAUAUCAAGCUUCCCUUCAAAAAUACGGAACGCAUCAUUGCGGAGGUUCAAUAAUCUCAGAAAAAUGGAUUUUAACAGCGUGCCAUUGUGUUGAAAAUUUUAAAAGUUCUGACAAAUUGAAAGUUCGAGUUGGAACAAGCUACCGUAAUACUGGAGGAAAAACUAUUGAUGUCAAAAACGUUUUUAGCCAUCCAAACUGUUUUGCUCAUCAUCAUAACAGCGAUAAUAAACUAUAUGAUGCUGCCUUGAUCGAAUUGCAAGACAAUAUUGUGUUUGACAAAAAUAAACGAGCUGUUAAGUUACCAAGUCUGAAUGAAAACCUUAACAUUGGAAGUACUGUUAAAGUUACCGGAUGGGGAGAAACUAAAAGUUCAUUGUAUUCAUAUCAAUUAAUGUCAGUUGAAGUUAAAGUAUUCGAUCAUCAAAAAUGUGAAAAGGUAUAUUCGCAUAAUGAUAUAAAAGUUGGACCAGAUGUGAUUUGUGCGGGUAUCAGAGGAGGAGGAAAAGAUUCUUGCGGAGGAGAUUCAGGAGGACCUUUAGUGCACAAAGAAACUCUUUUUGGAAUUGUCUCAUGGGGAAAAGGUUGUGGUAGUGCAAAAUAUCCAGGAGUUUAUACAAAUGUAGCUUACAUAAGAGACUGGAUUAAGAAACAAUCAGGCGUAUGA